AUGGCUUCUCGUAUCUUGACUGCGCUAUGCGCGCUGACUUUGGGCCACACAGCCAUGGCCAUCCCUCAAUGGUUGGCGCCGCGAGCAACCACCAGUGUGUCGAGCUGGUUGGCCACUGAGACCACUGUCGCUAGAGCAGGCAUCCUCGAUAAUAUUGGAUCCGCGGGCGCAUAUGCUGGGAGUGCAGACUCCGGCAUCGUCAUUGCCAGUCCUAGCACGGAUAGUCCUGAUUACUAUUAUACAUGGACUCGUGACUCGGCUUUGACGUUGAAAUGCCUGAUCGAUCUGUUCAAGGACGGCGACACAGACCUUCUCGACGUGAUCGAGGAGUACAUUGACGCUCAGGCAUACAUUCAGACCGUUUCCAACCCAUCCGGUUCUCUCUCUGCCGGAACUGGACUUGGUGAGCCCAAGUUCAAUGUUGAUGAGACUGCCUAUACUGGAUCCUGGGGACGUCCUCAGCGUGAUGGCCCUGCUCUCCGUGCUACUGCGCUGAUUGCCUUUGGCCAGUGGUUGGUGAGCAAUGGCUAUACAACAACGGCAACGAAUAUCGUAUGGCCGAUUGUCCGCAAUGAUCUAUCCUAUGUGGCCGAGUAUUGGAAUCAGACAGGAUAUGAUUUGUGGGAGGAAGUUUCUGGGUCCUCUUUCUUUACCAUCGCUGUUCAGCACCGUGCUCUGGUGGAAGGCAGUAAGUUCGCCGCCUCAGUUGGCUCGUCUUGCUCGUACUGCGACUCCCAGGCCCCUCAGGUCCUCUGCUUCCUGCAGUCCUUCUGGACCGGAUCAUACACCUUGGCCAAUUUUGGCAGCAGUCGCACGGGCAAGGAUGCCAACACCCUUUUGGGUAGCAUCCACACGUUUGAUCCCGAGGCAGCCUGUGAUGACACCACUUUCCAACCGUGCUCUUCUCGUGCAUUGGCAAAUCACAAGGUUGUGACGGACUCUUUCCGGUCUAUCUAUACCCUAAACUCUGGUAUCAGUGCUGGAGUGGCUGUGGCUGUCGGUCGGUACCCCGAGGAUUCGUACUACAAUGGAAAUCCCUGGUUCCUUUGCACCCUCGCAGCGGCUGAGCUCUUGUAUGACGCCUUGUACCAGUGGAAUCGUAUCGGUUCCUUGACUAUCAACAGUGUGUCGUUGGCUUUCUUCACCGAUGUGUACAGCUCAGCCGCCACUGGUACCUAUUCCUCAUCCAGCGCGACAUACUCGUCGAUCGUGAGUGCCGUGAAGACCUACGCAGAUGGAUACGUUAGCAUUGUAGAGAAGUACGCUUCCAGCAAUGGAUCAAUGUCGGAACAGUUUGACAAGUCCAGUGGCUCGCAACUUUCGGCCCGCGAUUUGACCUGGUCCUACGCGGCCUUGUUGACCGCGAACUUGCGCCGUAAUUCCGUCGUCCCCGCAGGAUGGGGCGAGACCUCUGCUAGCAGUGUUCCGGCCACCUGCAGCUCAACUUCGGCCAUUGGUACCUUUAGCUCUGCGACUAACACCGCGUGGCCCACCACCUUGACCAGUGUAUCUGGGUCGGCAACUACGACUGCCACUACCACCGGCACCGGGACCACAACCGCGACCACAACCGCGUCCACAUCUACUACAAAGACGAGCACGAGUACCUCAUGCAGCCUGCCUACCGCAGUCGCUGUGACAUUUGAUUUGAUUGCGACCACUACUUACGGAGAGAAUAUCAAGAUUGCUGGCUCCAUCGCCGCGCUUGGCGAUUGGGACACUGAUGAUGCCGUCGCUCUUAGUGCCGCUGAUUAUACCGAUAGUGAUCAUCUCUGGUUCGUUACUCAGAGUAUCCCGGCUGGAACCGUUUUUGAAUAUAAGUACAUCCGGGUCGAAAGCGAUGGAACCAUUGAGUGGGAAAGUGACCCGAACCGUUCCUACACUGUUCCGGCUGCUUGUGCCACGACGGCUGUGACGGAAAGUGAUACCUGGCGGUGA